CGGCGGAGAAGCGUCCGUGGGACGAUGACCCAGCGCCGGGAGCCGCGCCCCGCCGCGCCGCUGGACCGGGAGCUGGCGGCGCUCGGGUGGUACCAUGAUAAUCUCACCCGACACGCAGCAGAAGCGCUGCUGCUUUCCAAUGGGCAGGAUGGCAGCUAUCUUUUGAGGAAGAGUAAUGAAAGGGAAGAUUUGUACUCCCUCUCUGUAAGGGGAAAAGAUUCUGUGAAACACUUCCAUGUUGAAUAUACAGGAACUUCUUUCAAAUUUGGGUUUAAUGAAUUUUCUAGCUUGAAGGAAUUGGUCAUGCAUUUUGCCAAUCAGCCUUUAAUUGGAAGUGAAACAGGAACCUUAAUUGUAUUAAAGCAUCCCUACCCACGGCAAGUGGAAGAACCUUCCAUUUAUGAAUCUGUCCGAGUUCACACUGCAAUGCAGACGGGAAGGACAGAAAGUGAUCUUGUUCCAAAUGCUCCCUCACUUGGUACAAAAGAAGGAUAUUUGGUAAAACAAGGCAAAAUAGUUAAGAACUGGAAGACAAGGUGGUUUACACUUCAUAGGAAUGAACUUAAGUAUUUCAAAGACCAAACAGCCACAGAACCGAUUCGGGCACUUGACUUAACUGAAUGCUCAGCUGUGCAAUUUGACUAUUCCCAGGAAAGAGUCAAUUGUUUCUGUUUAGUGUUCCCACUAAGGACAUACUACCUGUGCGCAAAAACUGGAAUAGAAGCUGAUGAGUGGAUUAAAAUACUGCGAUGGAAACUGUCACAAAUACGGAAGCAGCUGGAGGAGCGCAACGCCACCCUCAGUUCCUAGCUGUGCUGCCAGCACUGCUCCGUUGGCAGGAAUUGCCUCUCUGCCAAGGGAAGGCAGUGCUUACUAGAAGACAGUUUCACAUCUCACAGUGGGUGUGUGCCUGCCUGUGCGCCCGCACACAGACCUUCACCCAGCUCUGCACACAAAGGAUCCCCACAGCCGAGCGCUCCCCGGCUGCGGAAUCACGCAUGGAGACUGCUGCAAAACCAGUGUUGGUUUGAUAUGGUGUGUGCCUGUAAAGCACUUAAUUCAAACACCUGUUAACUCAUCACAGAAGUAGUCACUGUUGAAAACUUUUGUGGUUAUUCAGAGCACUCCUGAUAAUUUACUGCAAGCUCCAUCACAACUAACCAUCAGUAUCACAUUCUGUAACCUUGAGCCUGUUAUUUAAAACGAGUCAUUCCUGGAAACAUUAAAUAUCUCUUUUUUAUUACCUAUUUAGGCUUUAAACCAAAAGAAAAGUGACAGAGGUAAUUACAUUUUUGUAAAUAGUAUCUAUGUUGUAAUCCAGAGAAUAUUUCAAGGCCCUUUUCAAAGUGACAGAUGACUUAAUUCUGGUCAGAUAUGUUUUUAUAUGGUUUAGAUUUAUACCACAGCGAUGGCUACAAGUAAAUGCUUGUUUCAAAUAGGUAAUGGUGAGCAGCAUCAUGUAGGCACGCUUGUUUACAAACCGGGGUUACAAGAAACAGGAAGCUGUUUCCAGGCAGUCACAGGACAGAGGUGCCACAGGACCCCAAGGCUGGGUGACAGGGCUCUGCAGAAAAGCUUUGCCUGUAGCAGCCACGAGCGUUGUUAGCAGCAUUUCGAGUCAGGCUCAUUACAGUCCCCCUUGAAAAUGCACAAGGCUUUGUGUUUUUUUCAUCACGACAAAAUGCACCAGAUUUUGUUGGUUUUUUUCCUCACGCAGAGAACUCAAAACAAGAUUUUGACCAGAACUGUGUUUAGAAUUAAGCACUGCUUGCUUUACAUUGAACAAGGAGCACCAUGUAUGCUAAAAAUACAAAUUUAACAGAGUACAUCUUCUACAUAACCUGAUAUAAAUUUACAUCUGUAUUGUGCAAGACUCAUAUACAUUUAACAGUGUUGUGGCUCA